AUGAUUCUGUGUAAUCUGAGCCACGAUACGAGCCAAUCUACAUCAUAUUUUAUCUUUAUUAUUCACAGCAGCUUUUUAAAAAUGUCAAGGCCUACUACAUUACUGGUUGUAGUCGCUAGCGCUUCUCUCACUAAGUUGUAA